AUGUCUCAUCUUUGUCGUCUUGUACCACGUGCUACAACAAAUAUUUUCUAUGUAUCACGAAUGAAUGCACAUAAUUUACCACCAGGUUCAUCAGUUAAAGUUGCUGAUGCCAAAGGACAUCAUAUUGUUUCUGGUUCUGGACAAUUCAUUGCUACUGAUGGCCCAUCCGCUACACAAAGAACUGGCAUUGGUGGUGGAAGUAGUGCAAGUAUGUUACCAGGUGCACAAACAGCUCAUGACAAAACGAAUCCAACGAAAACAACAGGAGAUGCUAAACAAUCCCAUAAGAAAGGUGGCUCAGAUACAGCACAUCAAUCGAUUUUGAAAACUCCUACUGGUCAAUUUGGUUUAGCAGCUGUUGCCGUUCUAUCACUUUAUGCAGCUUAUAAAAUGUUACUUGGUAAUUCACCUGAUCAAAAAGCAAACUUUCGAGAUAAACAAGCUCGUAUGACCAGACCAGAUCUUCAAGCUGAAUCUGAUGUUCAUGCUAAAUUAGCUGUAGACAAUAAUCCAAAAAAGCCUCAUGAAGGUGUUAGUAAACCAGCCAACGCCAAAGAUCACUAA